UGCGGCGGGUGUGUUUCGGCCUGGCCUGGGCAGGCGCUUGUGCUGCCAGGGCGCCGGGCUCGGGGAGGCCGGGGUCUCGGGUGGCGGCCGGCCCAGGCGCUGGACUGCAGCAGGAUGGGGAAGGCGAAGGUCCCCGCCUCCAAGCGCGCCCCGAGCAGCCCCGUGGCUAAGCCGGGUCCUGUCAAGACGCUCACUUGGAAGAAAAACAAGAAGAAAAAAAGGUUUUGGAAAAGCAAGGCGCAGGAAGUAAGCAAGAAGCCAGGAAGCGGCCCUGGUGCUGUGGUGCGACCUCCAAAGGCACCAGAAGACUUUUCUCAAAACUGGAAGGCGCUGCAAGAGUGGCUGCUGAAACAAAAAUCUCAGGCCCCAGAAAAGCCUUUUGUCAUCUCUCAGAUGGGUUCCAAAAAGAAGCCCAAAAUUAUCCAGCAAAACAAAAAAGAGACCUCGCCUCAAGUGAAGGGAGAGGAAAUGCUGGCGGGAAAAGACCAAGAGGCCAGCAGGGGCUCUGUUCCUUCAGGCUCCAAGAUGGACAGGAAGGCGCCAGUACCUCGCACCAAGGCCGGUGGAGCAGAGCACAAUAAGAAAGGAACCAAGGAAAGGACAAAUGGUGUUAUUGUUCCAGAACGAGGGGACAUCAAGCAUAAGAAGCAGAAAGCUAAGGAGGCAGACCCUGCCCCACCCACCGAGGAAGACAUGUGGUUUGACGACGUGGACCCGGCGGAUAUCGAAGCUGCCAUAGGUCCAGAGGUGGCCAAGAUAGCGAGGAAACAGUUGGGUCACAGCGAGGGCAGCGUCAGCCUCAGACUCGUGAAAGAGCAGGCCUUCGGCGGCCUGACAAGAGCCUUAGCCUUGGACUGUGAGAUGGUGGGCGUGAGUCCUAAAGGGGAGGAGAGCGUGGCCGCCCGUGUGUCCGUCAUGAACCAGUAGGGGAAGUGCGUUUAUGACAUAGUCAAACCAACCGAGCCCGUGACGGACUGUAGGACAGCGGUCAGUGGGAUUCAGCCUGAGAACCUCAAGCAGGGAGAAGAGCUUGAAGUUGUUCAGAAGGAACAACUGUCAGAAGGAACAACGGUGCUGUCACCGCUCAUCUUCAGUGACACCCUGGGGUGAGGUGCUCAGCACCUUCCUCUCGGGGAGCCACAUUUUCCUCCUUUGUCUUAGGGGACAUAACAAGCUCUGCUGGGCUUGAGGGACCCAGACCAGGUGUCUGCAGUCAGCUCCUGAGACACGGCUGGCCGGCACAACAGGUGUUACAUCAGGGGUUUCCUGUGGCCGUUUGGACUUUGAGCGUUUAUGUAAAUUAAAUUGGGCCAGGGUUGGCUGGUGGGUCACCCAGCAGAGGC